AUGAGUUUUGUCUGGGAUUCCGCUAUCGUUUUUGUCUCUCAGUUUCUUUUCUUUGGGUUCGGAUGGCUCUUCUUUAUGCGCAAACUCUUCAAGGAUUACGAAGUCCACAACGUUCUGGUGCAGUUGGCCUUUUCGGUGACGUUUUCUCUCUCAUGCAGCAUGUUCGAGCUCAUUAUCUUUGAAAUUGUCGGCGUUCUCGAUCUCUCGUCGCGUUUCUUUCACUGGAAAUUAGGUCUUUACUUAACUCUCUUUACUCUCAUUGUUUUGUUGCCGCUCUAUAUUUCUUACCUGUUGGUUGGAAGCUCGAGAUUUGUACUCAACCUCAACAGACGGACGAUUUUUGGUCUUUCGUCGGCGAUCUGGUUCGUUUUCGUUUAUCUCUUUUGGAAGAUAGGCGACCCGUUUCCUAUUCUCAGUCCCAAGCAUGGGAUCCUAUCGAUCGAGCAAGCAAUAAGCCGAGUUGGAGUGAUAGGAGUGACAGUCAUGGCGGUAUUAUCCGGGUUUGGAGCCGUGAAUUGCCCGUAUACUUACAUGACUUACUUCAUGAGGCACGUGACUAAUGCAGACCUUCAGAGUAUGGAGAGAAAACUCCUUCAAACCAUUGACAUGAUACUGACUAAAAAGAAACGGCUUGCGUUGAUCAAUCGAGACGAACUCGCUUCAAAUUCCAGCUCGAAAUCAGGAGGAAUAAGUCGAGUAUGGAGCAUGAUCAGCGGCUCAAAACAGGGCGAAAACAAAACCGUUUUACAGCAAGACAUCAGCGCACUAGAAGAACUUAGUCGGCAGUUAUUCCUCGAGCUCGUCGAUCUUCACUCCAUGAGAGACCGCAUGGUCUACUCGCGGACGCUCCAAGGCAAAUACUUCAACGUGAUGGGACAUUUCUUCUCCAUCUAUUGCAUCUCCAAGAUAUUCAUCUGCUCGAUCAACAUCAUCUUCAACCGAAUAGGCAAAACGGAUCCCGUCACACGAGGCAUCGACAUCACAGUCAAAUAUUUCAGGAUCGACUUCGACGUCAAUUUCUGGUCACAAUACGUCUCGUUCCUACUCGUCGGUGUCAUCAUCGUGACUUCCAUCCGGGGAUUACUCAUCACUCUAACAAAGUUUUUCUACGCGAUAUCAAGCAGCAAGUCGUCGAACGUUAUUGUGUUGGUUUUGGCUGAAGUCAUGGGAAUGUACUUCGUGUCAUCUGUUUUAUUAAUGCGUAUGAACAUGCCCGAGGCGUACAGAGAGACUGUGACUAUUGUGUUGGGAGAAUUGGAGUUCAGUUUUUAUCAUCGCUGGUUUGACGUUAUUUUCCUUGUUAGCGCUCUCACGAGUAUUGGAUUCUUGUAUUUAGCUCAUAAACAGAGUCCUGAGAAGGACGUAGUGUAA